GCAAUUCCAUCCGCACCCGUACGUUAAAACCGCCCUCUCUCUUCUCUCUAGCCCCAUAUAUAAAACCUGCGUUUGUUUCCCGGCCAUAUCACCCAAUCACGCAGAGAAGAAAACCCUUAAUGGAUUGCUCCGAUUACAUCUCAAAUUUCUCGAUAUAAGCUUUCAGGGAAGAUAUAGAUAACUGGGUUGAUUUCAGCGAGCUUUGUUCUGUUUAGGAUCCACCCUUUGUUUGGUUUUUGGAGUCGGUCAAUGGUGGUACUGUACAAAGGAAGAGAAGGAGACGAAGACAAAGAUAAGAAGAAGAGGGUUAUGGCUAUGGGAACGGAAAGAUCUAAGCUUCAUAAUUUCAAUCUUACACCAUUCUUGAAGUGGGGGAAUUCGAGGCUUUUAAGAUGUAUGAAAGAGAAUCCCAACGGUGAAAUCCCUUUAUCUGUUGCAGUUGAUCGGAGAUCUUCAGCUCUGAUAACGGAAAAGAGAUCGACCGGUAAGCGUGGUGGAUCCAUCAUGAAAUCGCCUUCGCCGUCGCCGUCGCUGGCGGCUAGUGGGUCUGGAAGGAGACCAGGCGUUGACGCUUAUAAACAUGAUGAAGGGAUCGAAGCGUUUGGGGCGAAACUGAUGUUCGAUCUUCAAACGGAAGCGGAUAAGUUAAAAGUGGCGAUUCUGAAAGAAGGGUUAACGCCGCCGGAAUCGGUUGAAACCGAUUCGUCUCGACCGUGGAAUCUGAGGACAAGACGAGCUGCUUGUAAGGCUCCGAUUGAUGGAAAUGGUAAUGGUAUUGGAAAGAGUUUAAGGAUUGAUGAGAUUCGUCAUAGUUUUUCACCGUUGAAAACUGCGACUGUAGAAAACAGAGAAAGAUCGAAAUUUUCUGUUUCUCUUUCAAAGAGAGAAAUCGAGGAAGAUUUCCUUACCAUUGUUAAUCAUCGUCCACCUCGAAGACCCAAGAAACGAACGAAGAUUGUUCAAAAUGAACUGGAUUCCCUUUUUCCUGGUUUAUGGUUGACAGAAGUCACAGCUGAUAUGUACAAGGUUCCUGACACUACCCAGAAUGAGAAUGUCAAGAGGUCCUAGUAAUGUGAUUUCCCUUUCCUGAAUCGGUCUAGUUCAUGAACAAGUUGCCUAGAUUAAUCAAUGGUUGUAUGUCUUCUUUCUUUCUAGCUUAUUAGAUUGAUAAAUAGAUAGAUAAUAGCAGUGUUUUGCUUAAUCCGAAUAAAUAUCUGGCUGAAUAGAGAUCGAGAAAUGGUUUUUGUUUAAUUUA